AUGCAUCUCCGGGCUCAACCAGAUCGGUCAGAAAUGGCUUCGAUCCGCUGCACCUUCUCCCAGGCUCACCACGAUCGUUCUCCCUUCCAGAAUGGCAACGCCGCCUUCAACUCUACCUCCUCCUCGCUCUCCGUCUCCAGCAAUACUAACAAAAACUCUUCCUCCUUCUCCGCCGCCAUCACCACCACCUCCUCCUACUCCGCUUACCUCGGUUGGCUCCUCGCCACCGCCUUCCCCAACAAACGCAAAGAUUUCCCGUUCGAGAUCAAGCUGCAUCAUGUUAACGUCAGAUUGGACGAAAUUGAUAACAGGAGCAUUAUGCUUGACGAUGAUUCCCCCAUUAAGACGAUCAAUUUGGGCGUUAAUACGCAGGUUUCCAGGGAAAAUCCCUCCCACUUCAAUUUGGUGUCGAGGAAGCAACUCAUCGUUGUCACUUCGACGUAUAAUCGAGCCUCUCAGGGUUAUUUUUUGAGUAGUUUAGGCCAGGUCCUGCAAUUGUUGCAGCCUCCACUACAAUGGAUUGUGGUCGAGAGUGAUGCUGCUUCCAUGGAUACUACGAAGAUUUUGAGGAAAACUAGCUUCAUGUAUAGGCAUUUAGUUUGCACCAAGAACGUGAAGGAUGUCAAGGACAGAGCGGCUAAGAGAAAUCAGUCGAUUUGGCACUUGACCUGUGGCAAUGCUUGCGCAAAGCAAGAACAAAGCAAUCCUAGAAGGCUCAGUGCAAUUAGAUUACUGAAUAAAGGGUUCCAGGAGACCACAUUCAUAGAGCUAAGUGUCUAA